GCCGCCGAGCUGUCAGGCACUUGUCAAUUGUCAUUCAUUCAGUACUUCGUACGCACGAGCGUAGUGUCGCGAGCUAAUAUAAUUGAUUUUCGUCGUGUUUAAUCACAGUAACAAUGUUGUAUUAGUGUCGUAUAGUGUAUAAGAGGAGUGAACAAUAUGGCUUAUGAUAUAACGUGGAUUAUCCCGCGGCUGCGAAGCCCGGGACGGUUGUGGACGUGUGCAAGUUCUAUAACCGUGGCUGUUGUCGGACUCUUCAGUAAAUUUAUCGUAGAGUUCCUGAAUAAAACGACAGUAUAUAAUAAGGAACAGCUAACGGCGGCUAUGAAGAGGCCGCCAGGAGUGCCUCUAAUAACAGUGUCCAACCACCACUCGUGCUUCGACGACCCCGGCCUCUGGGGCGUAUUAGACGCAGGAACGCUAGCGGGUUCCAUGGGUCGCCGCAUGCGAUGGUCAUUAGCGGCGCAUGACAUUUGCUUCACGAACGCUCUGCACGCCGCUUUCUUCGCGCUCGGCAAGUGUGUGCCGGUCGAACGGGGAGCGGGGGUCUAUCAGCCUGCGAUCGACUUCUGCAUCGAGCGGCUGACGAGAGGCGAGUGGGUGCACAUCUUCCCUGAGGGACGAGUCAACGUCAGCAAGGAGCACAUCAGAUUCAAAUGGGGCGUGGGUCGAAUGAUAGCGGAGUGCGCGGAGGCGGGCCGCGCGCCGCUCGUGCUGCCCAUCUGGCACGAGGGCAUGGACGGCGUGCUGCCCAACACGGAGCCCUACCGGCUCCGGGCCGGCAACAGGGUGUGGCUCGCCGUGGGCCAGCCGGUGCCGCUGGCCAACUUACUGGCCAGGUUAAAAGAAUCAAACGCGAGCGAAGAAGAGACGCGACGAGCGAUCACAGAACGCGUCCAAAAUGAGCUGAUGCGACUGCGGAUGAAAACGCACGAAGCACUCAAGCGGGCGCUCGGCGUCGCACCGGCGUUACUGGCUGGAAGGACUGACAUCCUAACACAGCCGACAGACACGCACGGCGAGGGCGACUACGCACACAACCACACCAACGGGAAAGAGAAGGAGACAGAAAGAGAAAAAGACAAGGACAUCUAGUUCCUUUACCAUAAGUGUACCGUGUAUGGAUUCUGUGGCUAUCGGGUCCUGCGAGAAAGGUUUCCUGCUAGUUUCUCCCUUUAUAAGGCAUAAGGGUGUCAGGAAUUAUGCAAAAUUGAACCUAAUCACUUUGAAAUAAAGUU